AUGAAACCGGCGUCGGAGUACAUGAUAAGAAUAUCAAGAUACAGGAGGGAUGAUAUUCCUACCUCAGAAAACCUGCUUCUAGUCCUAAUUUUUGUAGCAGUUUUGCUCUUUUUCGCCUCGAAAAACUUGGCCUUAAUUCACCAAAACUUCAAUAUCUUCAAGCAAUCGUGUGACGAGUAUGCAAAAAGAGUUGGGCUUUCUUGUUUUACUUCAAAACAUCAUUCAAAACCGGUGCAGUGGUUCAUUGGUGAACCUGAUUUGGGUAAAAAAGAGAGCAAAAAGGAGUACGCCAAGAAGAUUAUACGAGAAGGGGUACAAUUUUACAGCAAUGGCGACUUUUACGAAGGUGAAUUUCACAAAGGGAGGUGCAAUGGGAGUGGAGUUUACAGUUACUUUGUCAAUGGAAGGUAUGAAGGAGACUGGAUUGAUGGAAGAUAUGAUGGGUAUGGAAUAGAGAGUUGGGCGAAAGGGAGUCGAUACCGUGGUCAAUAUAGGCAGGGUUUGAGGCAUGGAUAUGGAGUUUACAAGUUCUACACCGGCGAUUCUUAUGCCGGAGAGUGGUGUAAUGGGCAGAGCCAUGGUGUUGGGGCGCAGACGUGCGCAGAUGGGAGCUGUUACGUUGGAGAGUUCAAGUGUGGUGUUAAGCAUGGCUUUGGCUGUUACCAUUUCAGAAAUGGAGAUCGAUAUGCUGGGGAGUAUUUUGGGGAUAAAAUCCAUGGUUUUGGAGUUUAUCACUUUGCAAAUGGUCACUGCUACGAGGGAUCAUGGCAUGAAGGUCGUAAACAAGGUUAUGGCAUGUAUACAUUUCGAAGUGGUGAGACGAGAUGUGGCGAAUGGAAUAGUGGCAAUCUCAAGAUUCCCCUUCCAUCAUUAACAGAUACAGUUCUUCAAGCAGUUCAGGCUGCAAGGAAAAGGGCAGAAAAUGCAAUACACCUGAGUCGGGUGGAUGAACAAGUGAACAAGGCCGUAAUGGCUGCAAACAAAGCUGCCACAGCAUCCCGAGUAGCUGCUGUCAAAGCCGUUCAGAACAGGAUUGAUGGAAAAUUUUGCGAUUUAUAG